UUUCAGUCUGAGGUACAUGGGUCCAUCUUGAAAACGCUGAAGAUGAAUAUCUUUAUCUUGCUGGUGCUUCUGGGGACCUCACUUCAAGAAAGUCAAGCACUCAAGAUAGCAUCUUUCAACAUCCAACGUUUUGACGAAUCAAAAGCCAACAAUGCUGAAAUCAUGAAUGUGCUGACAACGAUCUUGCAGAGGUACCAGCUGGUAGCAGUGCAGGAGAUAAUGGAUUCAGAUAAUGCUGCUGUUAAGCACUUGGUUCACCAGCUCAACCAAGAGUCUGGCUGCCAUUAUAAUUUCAUCCUUUCUGACCACCUGGGACGCAGUAACUACAGAGAGAAAUAUGCCUUUGUUUACAACGAGGAACUGCUUCAGCCACUGGACUGGUACCAUUAUGACGAUGGCUGUGAAGAAUGUGGAACUGAUUCUUUCAUCAGGGAACCUUUCAUUGUAAAGUUCAGCUCCCCCAGUACAGUGCUGAAAGAGCUUGUCCUGGUUGUCAUCCACACGAGCCCAGAUUAUGCUGUGCAGGAGGUAGAUUCUCUGUUUGAUGUUUGGACUGAUGCCAAGCAGCAUUUCAACACAGAGGAUGUGAUCAUAUUGGGGGAUUUCAAUGCAGACUGCAGUUUUCUUCCUGUGAGCAAGUGGCCUCUUGUCCGACUUCGACAAUCCAAGGCUCUAAGCUGGCUGAUUGUGGACAGUGAAGACACAACUGUGAGUGCGAACACUCAUUGUGCCUACGACAGGAUUGUGGCAAGUGGCACAGUGCCGGACACAAUUAUUCCUGGAUCUGCCUCAGCAUUCAACUACCAGAAGGCUCUAGGCCUCUUGUAUGAUAAGGCUAGAGAUGUCUCUGAUCAUUACCCAGUAGAAGUGGAGGUCAAAGAUGAUGCUGCUUGGGAUGGCAUGGUGUUUGAGCCAAGCUCCUCCCUGGGGAUAGAAGGUGGCCAGUCAGGAAUGCCAUGUGACUGUGUGGGAGUGGAUCUCACCACCUGCAAGGGGCGCUGUGGAGCCUACAACCACAGUCUGCCCUGCCACUGCAAUGCUUCAUGCUCCAAGUACAGCAGCUGCUGUGCAGACUACAAGGAGUUCUGUCAAGACUGAAAACAUCAGCACAACAUACAGCACAACACAACAGUGUCAUGCAUACUACACAACACCACCACACGGAGGGUCCCACGUUCUGAGCAGUGCCAAAAAUGUCAUAGCACAAAAAACAGAACACAGCUCUAACAAUACAUGCAAGUGUGAGUAUAAGAGCCAUGCUACCAGACAAUUAAGCAUCACAACAUAAUACAAAGCAAAAGUACAAUUAGCAAUGCCACACAUAGUGCACUGUGCCAUAAAACAGUGAUGAAAGUCUCACAAGACAAGUAAGGUUAACUGUGCUUCGCCGAAUCAACAGAGCAAUUAACAAGUUUACACAUUCUAAACAAAAUGCGUGCCAAUGUGACCGUACACAAAAGUACCAGACAUGGUAUACAAUCUCACUACACACAAAACUAUGAAUAUUAGUGUCGAAUGGUCUGAACAAUCAUAAAGACAUGGCUACACCCUAAAAUAUAGUACAAGGGCACAACAUGCAGUAGUAUGAUUUGAUUCUCUGACGCUCGCAUUGUCAACUUUUCAAUAUAACACAAAAAAGAGGAGAACAGAACCAUUCGUUACAUAUACACUAUAUAACUAUUAAUGCAAUAAUGAAAAUAUCAUAACACCAUACAACACAAAAGUGUGGUUAACACAGCCAUACAUAGUACACAGUACAUCAUAUAAAUGAUGAGAGUAACAGAAGUAACACUAUAGAAAAAUGAGGUUAACAAGUCCAUACAAAGCAUACAAGGCCAUCAUGCCCAAAAACAGCAAGCAAAAUCACAGAUUCUGAGCAGCACUAAAACAGUACGCUAACACAGAGCACAACAUCAAAAAAUAUAAAAGUAUGGUUAUCAGAGCCACACAUUCUGAACACUUGUGAAAAUAUCACGCAAAAUGUGUUAAUUCAUCCCCAUGAUUAAAGUGGGUGCAAUAAGCAAAGCAACACAUUCUUCCCAAUGCUAUAAACAUCAUAAUAGCACAAAAUAAACACAAGAGUGAGGCUAGAAGUACUACACAGUAUACAGUACAUCGCCACAAUACCCAAAAUUAGGAUUAGUAGGGGAACUUCAAAGUGAAAUUAAGUGUAUCCCAGACAACACAACGCUGACACUGCUGAUAAUAGACUUAUCUUGAAGUCAAUUGAACUGAUGUUUCAAAAGAUAAAUAAUAAAAACCUUAAAACUG